GGGUUAUAAAAUCUGUGGGCAAGCAUCUCAGUAGCAUCAUUUCAAAGUUAGCUGCACUUCGAUCGUGGAAUUACGAUGAGGCCGGUUGUGUUUAUCCUCCUUUUGGACUUGUGCGUUGCCGCGAUGCACCCGGACAAGCGGCUGCGAGGCUCCAUCAACCCUUCCGGAAUCACCGUGCAAAGGCGCAUCAUCGGUGGAUUGCCCCUUUUCAUGAUGCAACUUUAUCGGACCAUGCAGACCGAGAAUCAAGCAGGAGACAAGAGCUGGACCGAGGACAACACCGGACUACAUGAUUCGGAUUAUGUGACCAGCCUUGUUGCAAAAAGCUGUGAGCAAAGAGGUAACAAGUGGUCCAUCACCUUCGACAUGUCCUCCCUGUCCGCCAACGACCACAUCCAACUGGCCGAGCUCCGCAUCCGCCUCCUGGCUUUUAGUGAGUCCCCCAGAGCCUCAGUGGAAAUUUUCCACUCAUGCUCUGGGGACGGCUGCUCUGUUGGCAGGGUUUUCCUAGGCAGCAUUAGGGUCCAACCCAGUUCCUUGAGCUCCUCCUCCUGGAAAGUUUUCUCCUUGACCCAAUUGCUCCAACAUUGGCAGGAGAAUAAACUGUCCGGACGUCAGCUGAAAGACGCUGCGCUGGAUAUGGAGGGAAUCCAUCACCGAACAACCAAACGGGUCAUGAUGGUUGUCUUCGUCAAGCAAAACCCAGACGCCCAGCAGAUGCCUUCUCUGAUCCACACGGCGGUGAACUCCAAGUAUGUGAGCCUGGAUGGGGAGGCUAGUUUGAAACGUCGCAGGAAGAAAAGAUACGCCAAGCAGCGGCAGCAGAGACGAAGAAAAACCGUGGCCGCGCCGGCAAGUAGUGGGAACAAGAAGGGUCCUCUGUGCAGGAAGGUGGACAUGUGGGUGGACUUUGAGAAGCUGGGCUGGAGCCAGUGGAUGAUUUAUCCCAAACGCUACAAUGCCUUCCGUUGUGAGGGCGCCUGUCCCACACCUGUAGAUGAGAACUUCAAGCCAACCAACCAUGCCUACAUUCAGAGCCUACUCAUGCUGCACCACCCACACAAGGUACCAUGUUUGUCUUGCGUGCCCAGCACCCUGUCGUCGCUCUCGAUGCUCUACUAUGAGAACGGCAAGAUGGCCAUGAAGCACCACCAGGACAUGGUGGUGGAGGAGUGCAGCUGCCAUUGACAGAAGCCGAGAAAACGUCAGUGCCAAUUGGACAAAAUCACACACUCAGUCACACGCUAAGUGAUAGUUCUUUUUAAAGAUAGAUUUACGUAACUUGCUCAGCAAGGUCACUAACUGAAGCACUAAAGUUGUUUGCUGAUGAAUAAAAGCUACAUUUUGCUUAUCAGAUGCUUCUUGAGAUGUUUAGGUCACAUUGACCCAUCUGUAUGUUUGCAUUGUACCGUCGAACAAUAA